CACCGGCGCGCAGCCAGCGGACCCCGCGCAGCUCGGCCCGGCCGCACAAAGGCGGCCGCAGCCUGCAGGACACCAUGUCCCACGAGAAGAGUUUCCUGGUGACCAACGACGGCUUUGGGGGGCAGCAACCACCGACAGCCCCCCCAGCCUACCCCCAGCCCCCCUACCCUGUCGCCCCGUACCCCCAGCCCCAGUUUGCCCCCACGCCCUAUCCCCAGCCGGGUUUCACACAGGGCCCGGGGCCGUACCCGCCACCGGGGCCGUACCCCCCUGCCGGGCCGUACCCCCCCGGGCCGUACCCCCCACCCGGGCCCUACCCACAGGGCCCCUAUGCCCAGCCACCCUAUGCCCAGCCCCAGCCCAUGGUCCCUGGAGACCAAGACUCCCCACUGCACAGCACCUACCACGAGGACGGGCCCCCCUCCUACUAUGACAACCAGGACUUCCCAUCGUCGCACUGGGACGACAAGAGCAUCCGGCAGGCCUUCAUCCGCAAGGUGUUCCUGGUGCUCACGCUGCAGCUGACCGUCACCUUCGCCUUCGUGACCGUCUUCACCUUCGUCAAAGGCGUGCGGGGCUUCGUGCAGCGCAACGUGUGGACGUACUACGUGUCCUACGCCGUGUUCUUCAUCUCCCUCAUCGUCCUCAGCUGCUGCGGAGACUUCCGCCGCAAGCACCCCUGGAACCUCGUGUCCCUGUCCAUCCUGACCGUCAGCCUGUCCUACAUGGUGGGGAUGAUCGCCAGCUUCUAUGACACCGAGGCUGUCAUCAUGGCUGUCGGCAUCACCGUCGUCGUCUGCUUCACCGUCGUCAUCUUCUCCCUGCAGACCAAGUACGACUUCACCUCGUGCCGGGGUGUCCUCGUCAUCUGCCUCGUCGUGCUCAUCCUCUUCUCCAUCCUCUGCAUCUUCAUCCGGAACCGCAUCAUGGACAUCGUCUACGCCUCGCUGGGGGCCCUGCUCUUCACCUGCUUCCUGGCAGUGGACACACAGCUGAUCCUGGGGAACAAGCAGCUGGCUCUGAGCCCUGAGGAGUACAUCUUCGCCGCUCUCAACCUCUACACCGACAUCAUCAACAUCUUCCUCUACAUCCUCGCCAUCAUCGGCAGGGCCAAGGAGUAGCCCCCCGUCCCCACCCCCCACCCCCCCCUAAAAAAAAAACCCCGGUUGGGAUCCCUCCCGUGGGGAUCCCCUCCCCGUAGCCGGUUUUGUUCCGUUCUCAUCGCGGUUCCCCCGUGGCCCCGGUUCCUGCCCCGUGGGGGCUCACUGCUGCGGGGCUGUCGUGGCCCCCUCAGCCCCCCCUGCUCCUCCCCGCUGUGAAUAUUUCCCCCCUCCCUUGGCGUCGAACGUGGACUGGAAGCACUUUGGAACCCCCCCCCCCCCCCCGUCCCGUCCUGUCCUGUCCUGUCCCCAACCACGCUGUCCCCUCCCUGUCACCACUCUGGCCGUGCAGGCAGGGGCAGUGCCAGCAGCACUGCAGACCCCCCCUCAAAACACAGCCCCUGCCUGUGGCAUCUCCAGACACCCCUGAGCCACCGUUCCCACGUGGAUGUGACCACCAGAGCCCCUCGAGCCACUGUCCCUGUCUGUCCCCAGACCCCCUGAGCCUGUGGCACCCUCCUGCUCUGAGCCACUGUCCUCAUGUGGAGGCACUCCCUGACCCCCCCAGGCCACCAGCCCUGCCCAUUCCCGGACUGGGCAAUUCCCCCAGGCCACUACAGCCACCUGCCUGUCCCCACUCCCUGAGUCCCUGAGCCACAGUCCCUGCCCGUGGCACCCCCAGACCCCCCCCCCCCCCCCAUCCCCUCCCCACGU